GUCACAGUGUGGCCUGUUUACCGCCUCCCUGCUCCGGGAGUGGUCACCAUCAGAUGGACAACCUGCCACUUUGUGUCCCCGCCUGUCUGCCGGGUACCCGUGAAUCUGGACCAGCAGGACCUCCGAAUCUGGCACUAGGUAACGAUGAGUUCUUCAGUAAGAAGGAAAGGCAAGCCAGGCAAAGGAGGUGGUAAAGGAGCUUCUAGAGGAGGAAGAGGAAGCAGGAGCCACACUAAUAAAUCUCAUGGGGCUGGCAGCGGUGGCGGUGGCGGUGGUGGCACUAGGAAGGCUUCAAGUAGAAUUUGGGAUGAUGAAGAUGACUUUUGUAUCUUCGGUGAAUCAAAGCGAUCAUCCAGACCAAGCAACAGUAGCCUGAACAAAGAGGAGGCACGCACUAAAUGGAAACCCAAGGCCAAAGUGCCACUCCAGACCCUCUGUAUGACCUCAGAGAAUCAAGAAAAAGUAAAGGCUCUUCUGCGAGACCUACAAGAACAAGAUGCUGAUGCUGGAUCUGAAAGAGGUAUUUCCAUUGAAGAGGAAGAUGACGAGCCUGAUUGUUGCGACGAGGAGCAGUACUGGUUAGCGGGGCCAGAACUCGCCCUGGUUCCUGACUCAGAUGUCUUGGAAUGUGUGGGCUCAGGCCCCGUGCAGCCUUGGGUUCCAGAAGUCACAGUCUCCCCAUUUGCAGCACAGAGACUUUCCAGAUAUGGUUUCCACAUUGAACGCUGUCAGGCAGCCCUGAGGAUUUGUGAUGGAGAUUUGGGGGCAGCCCUGGAGCACCUGCUGACUCAGUGUUUUGCAGAGACAUUUGGAGAGAAGAUGAAAAUGUCCAAGGCAGCUGGCCGUGUAAGCUUGCAUGAGUGUGUAGAACAGCGACAGGAAGAGGCUCUUGCUCUCAAAUCCAUCUGUGGAGAAAAAUUUGUAGAAAGAAUUCAGAACAGAGUCUGGACCAUUGGAUUGGAACUGGAGUAUCUGACAAGUAAAUUCUGCAAGUCCAAGCAAAAGGAAAGCAAAAAUGUACAAGACACUUCACUUGAAACCUGCAGAUUUUACCUAAAAGGAAAUUGUAAAUUUGGAUCAAGAUGCAAAUUCAAACAUGAAGUGCCCCCAAAUCAAAUUGUUGGAAGAGCUGAAAAAAUUGUAGAUGACUCUCAUCUUAAUGCUAAUGAAGACGUGUCUUUUUUAUAUGAGCUUGAAAUUCGAUUUCCAAAAGACCAUAAAUACCCCUACCAAGCUCCCCUUGUGGCAUUUUAUUCCACCAAUGAGAAUCUACCUCUGACUUGCCGUUUACAUAUUUCUGAGUUCCUUUAUGGCAGAGCUUUGACAUUUGCAGAAACUUCAGAACCUGUUGUAUAUUCUUUGAUAACCCUUUUAGAGGAAGAAUCAGAAAUUGUCAAGUUACUAACAAACACACAGCACAAGUACAGUGUCCCUCCUGUGAACUUUCUGCCCGCACCCUCUGGGACCAGAAUAAAUAAUCCUGCCUGUCGUAAACCAGCAAUUCCAAGUAAUUCUUCUGUUUCAAGUCAAACUCCAGGAGUUGAAAAAGAAUCAGAACCUGAAGAGGAGGCAGAUGAGGAAGAAGGUCCUGUGCCUGUUAUAGUAGAGAAUGAAAGCUACGUCAACCUGAAGAGAAAGAUUUCCAAGAGAUAUGACUGGCAGGCAAAGUCGGUUCAUGCUGAAAAUAGUAAAAUCUGCAAGCAGUUCCAAAUGAAACAGGCUUCCAGACAGUUCCAGUCAGUGCUACAGGAAAGACAAUCUCUGCCUGCUUGGGAAGAAAGAGAAAACAUUCUUAAAUUGUUAAGCAAGCACCAAGUGGUUGUCAUAAGUGGUAUGACUGGAUGUGGGAAAACCACACAGAUUCCACAGUUUAUUCUGGAUGAUUCUCUGAGCGGGCCCCCUGAGAAGGUGGCUAACAUCAUCUGUACCCAGCCUCGACGGAUCUCUGCAAUCUCUGUUGCCGAACGAGUUGCCAAAGAAAGAGCCGAAAGGGUGGGUCUGACCGUGGGAUACCAGAUUCGAUUAGAAAGCGUCAAGUCCUCGGCCACCAGACUGUUAUACUGCACCACCGGAGUGCUGCUGAGAAGGCUGGAAGGGGACACAGCUCUGCAAGGAGUCACCCACAUCAUUGUUGAUGAAGUUCAUGAGAGAACAGAAGAAAGUGACUUCUUGCUGCUGGUCUUGAAGGAUAUUGUGUUGCAGAGACCAAAUCUUCAAGUUAUUUUAAUGAGUGCGACUUUAGAUGCUGAACUCUUCUCAGAAUAUUUCAAUUCCUGCCCAGUUAUUACUAUACCAGGUCGUACCUUUCCUGUGGAUCAGUUUUUUCUGGAAGAUGCAAUUGCUGUGACAAGGUACGUCUUACAUGAUGGGAGCCCAUAUAUGCGCUCCAUGAAACAGAUUGCAAAGGAGAAGCUUAAAGCAAGGCGCAACAGAACCGCCUUUGAAGAAGUGGAAGAAGACCUGCGGCUGUCCCUUCACUUCCAGGACCAGGACUCCGUCAAAGACGCAGUGCCCGAUCAACAGUUAGAUUUCAAGCAGCUCCUGGCUCGCUACAAAGGAAUUAGCAAAUCAGUCAUCAAAACAAUGUCCAUGAUGGAUUUUGAAAAGGUCAAUCUUGAAUUAAUAGAAGCCUUAUUGGAGUGGAUUGUGGAUGGCAAGCACUCCUAUCCUCCAGGUGCUGUACUUGUAUUUUUACCAGGACUAGCAGAAAUCAAAAUGCUGUAUGAACAGCUGCAGUCUAACUGUCUUUUCAACAACAGACGUAGCAAUCGAUGUAUUAUUCACCCACUGCACUCGUCUUUAUCCAGUGAAGAGCAGCAGGCCGUGUUUAUAAAACCUCCCGUAGGGGUGACUAAGAUUAUAAUUUCCACCAACAUUGCUGAGACGUCUGUAACCAUUGAUGACGUGGUGUAUGUCAUCGACUGUGGGAAAAUGAAAGAAAAGAGAUAUGAUGCCAGCAAAGGGAUGGAAAGUCUAGAGGAUACUUUUGUGUCUCAGGCCAAUGCUCUGCAAAGGAAAGGCCGCGCAGGCCGUGUGGCCUCGGGGGUCUGCUUCCAUUUAUUCACCAGCCACCACUACAACCACCAGCUGUUAAAGCAGCAGCUUCCAGAGAUACAAAGGGUGCCCCUGGAGCAGCUGUGUCUAAGAAUCAAAAUCUUAGACAUGUUUAGCACUCACAGUCUCCAGUCCGUGUUCUCCCGGCUCAUUGAACCACCACACACUGAUUCUCUCCGAGCCUCAAAAGUUCGGUUACGCGACUUGGGAGCGCUAACUCCAGAUGAGAAGUUGACCCCUCUAGGGUACCACUUGGCCUCUCUGCCCGUGGACGUGAGAAUCGGCAAACUGAUGCUUUUUGGGUCUAUCUUCCGUUGUUUGGACCCUGCACUCACCAUUGCUGCUAGUUUGGCCUUUAAGUCUCCUUUUGUGUCUCCCUGGGAUAAGAAAGAGGAAGCUAACCAGAAGAAGUUGGAAUUUGCCGUUGCAAACAGUGAUUAUCUGGCCCUUCUCCGAGCAUAUAAGGGGUGGCAGCUGAGUACAAGAGAAGGCAUGCAUGCGAGUUACAAUUACUGCAGACAAAACUUCUUGUCGGGAAGAGCUCUGCAGGAAAUGGCCAGCCUCAAACGACAAUUCACUGAACUGUUAUCAGAUAUAGGGUUUGUAAGGGAGGGACUCAGAGCAAGAGAAAUUGAGAAAAGGGCCCAAGGAGGAGAUGGUGUCCUGGAUGCCACAGGAGAGGAGGCAAACUCUAAUGCAGAGAACCCCAAGCUGAUAUCAGCCGUGCUGUGUGCUGCUCUGUAUCCAAAUGUAGUGCAGGUGAAGACCCCAGAAGGAAAAUUUCAGAAGACCAGUACUGGAGCUGUCAGAAUGCAACCAAAAUCAACUGAGUUGAAGUUUGUCACCAAGAAUGAUGGCUAUGUACACAUUCACCCUUCAUCAGUGAACUAUCAGGUCAGACAUUUUGACAGCCCCUACCUGUUGUACCAUGAGAAGAUCAAAACUAGUCGCGUUUUCAUCCGAGAGUGCAGCAUGGUGUCCGUGUACCCGCUGGUCCUGUUUGGGGGGGGCCAAGUGAAUGUGCAGCUUCAGAGGGGAGAGUUUGUGGUCUCCUUGGAUGACGGGUGGAUCCGUUUUGCUGCUGCUUCCCAUCAGGUGGCUGAGUUAGUAAAGGAACUUCGGGGCGAACUUGACCAGCUCCUCCAGGAUAAAAUAAAAAACCCCAGCAUAGACCUGUGUACUUGUCCUCGAGGCUCCCGGAUCAUCAGCACGAUUGUGAAACUUGUCACCACACAAUAGAGACUCCCGAGGUGGGGCUUGCUGCUCACCCGACUUCACUCAGCGCUUCUACCUCAGACUGCAAGGAAGGCCUGAGCUGGGGCCACCAGGGAGGGAGGCCCGCACCCCGAGGGUCCUGGGCGCUCACAGCACACUCGGCAGAGUCAGGGAGGCCCUGGGAGGCCGCCUCGCCUCGCCUGUCUGUGCCCUGUCUGUGCCUUCCACUGUUCCGGGCAGCGGGCAGCGAAUGAGGUUCACCCGAAUACACAAAGUGAAUGUUUAAUACAAUUGUUUUAACCUAUGUAUCCUUUUCCUCCUGCCUUUUAUGAUGUAUGUAUAUACAUAAUCUAUGUAUCUUUUCUCCUGUUUUUGUAUCAGGCAUGAGGAGAAAUAGUUGUGUUUUUUUCCUGUAAUAAUAAAAAUUCAAUUGGGAGAAGUUACAACAGAGAAGGAAAAACAAAAAAUCAUGUGGGUAAGAAAAAUACAUUUCAUUUUAGGCUGUCAGCUAUUGAAUAAACUUGACCUGUGAAGGGUU